CAAGAAGACUGCGCCGAGUUGCGAAGUAGGCAGGCCAUCGUCACCGCCACACUGGGUAUUCCUGGCCGCUUCUGGGCGUUUCAUCCUGACUCCCCACGUCAAUCUCUUUCUCUGCCUUGCCGCCUCUGGACAACUACCCUAAUCCAACCAUUUGCUAUAGCAAGGGCAUGGCACAAGCUCCUCCUUACCCGUUGUCACUCAUCGCCUGCUCCCGGCAUAGCAUCCUUGUCGUCCUGCUCCCUAGUCAAGUUGUCCCAAUACAAGGUUGUUCCUCCCAAUGUGCGUUGUCUGGACCAUUCCCAUGUAGGAACUUCUCCUGGCCGUAUAUAUAUAGAGGCGACCCAGCCUCGCUGCCCGUUGGCAACUAUGUGCUUUUGCCGCCUCUCUCGUUCUCUACCGCACCCACUUUCACUUACUAGGCCCAGUGCCGUUACAUUCUUUUCUUGGUGA